AUUUAAUGAAAUAAAGCAGGAGUUUAUUGACAUGAUUGUGAGCUGCUGACAUGACUUAGCUGCACUGAACCACUCAAGAAAUUGUAUUAACAUCCUUCACAGAUCUUGUGCUCCAUACAUGAAGAAUGGCUGAACAUCAGAUCGAAGACCCAAAGAUUGCAUUUGCAUAUCUCCGCCCAUCCUGUGUCCUCCUGACCAAAGAACCUACGGUUGCUAACGUAGAAGCUCUUAGUGGUCAUCUCCGCAGUGUGAGCGAUGGAGCUCUCCAACAGCUCCAGGACUAUAUUCUGUUUCCCCUCAGAUUUGUCCUCAAAUCCCCUGGCUCAAAGCGGGAGGGACUCAUCCAGGCGGUGAUGGAAGCCGUGACGUAUGUGCUGGAGAGCACUUGCGUUCAGAGUUGGGAUUCUCUACGGGAUCUGUUCUCUGAGCUGUGCCUUUGUCUGUGUUCCCCAAAAGACCCGGGAAAACCCGCCACAACCUCUGAGGAACUAAAGCUGGCCGUCCUUAGAUGCCUGGACACCCUUAUGCACUCUGCCUACGGUGACAUUGUUUUUAAACUCUACGAGCCAAGCAUGUUGCCUGGACUUGGAGCCGCCGUUUCACUACUUCUGGCAUUAGCAGAGCACGAAAAGGCUAGAGGAGUUCAAACGGCUUCCCUUAAAUGUCUCCUUUCUUUGUUUCAGCAGUGCGACUGCGUAGAGGAACACAUUGAGCCAGGACGGGACGAGAGGUAUCUGCUCGGACGCACCUUGGCCACUUUUUUACCUGGGAUUUCUCGAGCCCUGAGUCUCGUAAUAAGUGGAGAUGUAAGACAAGGCCAUACAGUUACAGUGAAGGCCAUGAGGGUUUGGUACAAAGCAGUAGGUCUGGUAAUGGCCGAUGAGCAGCUUCAGAAAACAGACAAUGAUGUGGCAGCUGGAAAUCUAGGGCUGGUUGAGAAGCUUGUUGUAAAGAGAAGUCCAUCCUGGCGCAAAACCACAUCCCAGCGCCUUGCUUUGGUCUUACAGAAGAUCAUUUCUUGCACAUCUGCCCACCCGCACUGGAGAGUCAGACUUGAGUUGGUCAAUCUAUCCCAUUUUCUUCUUUCUCAGUGUAGCCAGUCUGUGGGUGAAUGUGUCGGUCUUCUUCUGGAAGCAUUGGUAGGUGCUGUCAACGAUGAGGAGCCUGAGGUUAAGCACAGGUGCAAUGCAGCAUUAGAUGAGGUGGCACAAAUGGGUCAAACCAAUGGCAGACAGGACUUUACUGAUAUUCUAUCCGAAAACCUCCACAGCUUGGCAUCAUCCUUACCUAGACUCAUGAGAACAUCUGACGACCAACGCAAGCUCUUUGUUCUUAAUGUGUUCCUUGGGUACCUCAAGAUUCUGGGGCCUAAAGUGGAUGCGGUACUUUCUUCAGCAGUACAUCUGGAGCGCAUCUCCAAAGCAUUGAUGCAAGUGAUGGAGCUGGACGUAACGGAUGUGAAGAUCAUCGAGGAGAGAACUCUGACGUCUUCGACAGACUUGAGACCUGACCUGCACCAAAUCCCAUCCCAGAGGAAAUACUUCCUCUACUUCACAGAUGACAAGAUAUUCUCAGCACUCAGGAAGAUCUGCCGCAUGUUGGGAUACUACGGAAACCUCUACCUUCUUGUUGACCGCUUCAUGGAAUUUUACAGGGAGUCUUCGGUUUACAGAAAGCAAGCUGCUUUGGUCCUCAACGAGGUCAUUGUCGGUGCUGCAGGCAUUGGCGUAGAAACGGACACUUCUAGGAUUGAUUGUUCAGGAACAAACCGGUCUAGAACAAAUCAAGAAGACUUGAAAUCUUCAGUCAUGUCCAUCAUCGAGGAGUACAUCAGUUUGAGUAACUGGCAUCUCCCUACAGUCUCAGAAGCCUUGGAAGGGAAACUUGAGUCUACAACCUCCUUGGUGUCCAAUAAUCCAGAACGAAACUGUUUGCAACUGCUUCCAGCAUCCAAAACUCCAACGCUCCACCAACUCAACGGCAAUAUCUGGCAAAUCUGUAUCCAGUUGGAGGGCAUCGGGGGCUUUGCACUGGCAUUAGGCACUGAUUUCCGUGUGCUUAUGAUGAUGACGCUAUACCCUGUGCUGGAGAAGGCCGGGGACGAGUCGCUUCUUGUCAGCCAAGCGGCUUUUAGCGCCAUGUGUGACUUCUGCAAGGCUUGCGAUUACAGUUCAUCCAAGGAGCUUGUCAUCAAGAACUCAGACUACCUUCUCAAUGACGUUUCUCUAAACCUAGCCAGACCCAGCAUUCACCCUCAUGCUCCGCGAGUUCUUGCGGUCAUGUUCACUCACUCAGAUGCCAGUCUGCUGCCUCUAGUGGCCGAUGUGGUGCAGGACGUGUUAACAGCACUUGAUCUCAGCUAUGACCAGAGAGCACCACAGUUCUGUAGUGUGCUACACUCACUCAUGAAAGCACUCGUGAGGUGGUUUCCCGCUACUAUGGGAUGCCAGAAGACACCCAGCAAAGAGACCCAGAAUAAAGAGUGUGUGAACUUGAGGCAGUUUCUCCUGGACUAUAAGAAGCAGAAGGAGCUUGCAGAAGGCAUUGGAGUAGAGGAGGAAGAUCCUAAUGAUUUAGAAGUUCCUCCACCAACUUCUGAUGAGGACACAGAUGGUCCUGCAGAGAAAAAGGAGCUUUCUCUUCAUAUCCAGAUUGCGAAAGACGUGAUGGAGCGAUGCAUCCACCUGCUCUCUGACUCCAACCUGAGAAUCCGACUCAAGGUGUUGGACAUCUUGGAGUUGUGUGUGUGCGUUUUAUGUGAGCGAGAGGACGAGCUGCUUCCCAUGGUGCACCGGUGCUGGCCUGCUCUCCUCCACCGUCUCACCAACGAUGACCCUCUCGCUGUACCACGAGCAUUCAAGGUGUUGUGUGUUCUGGGCGAGUCGUGUGGAGAUUUCCUGAGGAAACGCGUAUCUAAGGAGGUUCUGCCUCAUCUCACUUCGUCUCUGAUGAAGCAGGCGGAGGUCAGCGCUCGCUCCGGACCCAUCUACACACACACACUGGCUUACAAACUCCAGCUCGCCGUGCUGCAGGGUCUCGGACCUCUGUGUGUGAAACUGGACCUGAUGGAGGCGGAUCUGGAUCGGGUGAUUGACGCCUGUCUUCUGUACCUGAGCUGCCGGCAGCCAAUCAAACUGCAGGAGGCAUGUCUCAGUGUGUUCCGCUCACUGAUGGAUCUGGACUGUGAUCUGUGCUGGUUCAGUCUGAAUGAGCUGUGCUGUCCCGUCACGUACCAGCCGCCUCAUCCUCAUCUGCUGCCUGCGACGCUGACCGGAUCAGACAAGCCCAGAAACCAGUUCACAGACAACAUCCUCACAUUACUUUAGUAGUCUGAUGCCCCGCAGGAAGAGGAUGCCACAUGACAGUGCUUCAUACAUCUGAACGCUAGGUUUAAGAUGACCAAUGUUUGUAGGAUUCAGAUCUUCCCUGGCUGCACGUUUGACUGGAAGAACCUUUGGACGAAGCUGGAAAUCUAAUGUUUUCAUAUGAUGCAGGUCGUUUUAUAUAUAUAUAUAUAUAUAUAUAUAUAUAUAUAUAUAUAUGAUAGAACUGUUUGAG